UUAUGAAUUCUUUAUCUUUGGUAAACACAAAAAGAAGUGUCUCCGCACGUAUCCACUAGAAAAUAUAUGUCUGCAUUUGGUUGAUUAACUUGCCUUGAAUGAAACAUGCCUAAGUCAUGUGGAAGAGAAGAUAACAGCACUUGUUGACCAGAAAUAUUAUGAGGGUAGCGGCAGGUUGAGGUACCAACAUCUGUCACCACUGCCGUUUACUAUUCCUUGCAUAACUCUCAUAUUAUUUUUUAUGCACAAACAAACAUGGGGUUUGCCCAUCAGGAAUGUUGACUGUCAUUCUCUCCCUACCUGCUUAGGAUAUUGUGUUUUUAUGGGACUUUUUAUGGAUCCAAAGAAGAUUUCCACCUAGUUAGGCAAAGGAAGAAGCCCUGGCACUGUUUGUUGUAGAAAAGAAAUUGGGUUUGUUGAUAUGAUGAAUAUGAGAACAUUAUAUCAGGCCCCUCAUAAUACUGAUCAGAAUCUACCCAUGAGUGCAUAUCCUAUUUCCUUCACAGAAUGGCUCAAACCCAAACCCUCAUCUGGCCUAUUAAGCAGUUCUCAGCUUCCCAUGGCCAUUCCAUUCCAAAGUGAGUACCACUUGUUUUCUCCUUACCCUCAAGUUCAACAAUAUGAGCAACGUGAAAGGUGUGAAUCCCCUCCCUUGAAGGAAGCCCUUCCCUUACUGAGCCUUAGCCCUCCAAGGAACAGGAACCCCUGUAUGCAUGAUUACAUGGAAGCAGGAGAGGAUCAGGAGGAUCAGGAGGUUCUGGAUAAUAGUGUAACGGUGGCCUUGCAUAUUGGUCCUCCUAACAAUAACAAUAAAAGUACUGGUUUGAGCUGUAAGGCAGAUGAUCAGCCUGUUGCCAACUGUUAUUUCACCGACACAAGAGAUAAGGUGUUGCAAGAAAGUGCAGGAAGAGUCCAGGAUGGGCAGUAUUGGAUACCCACUUCAGAGCAGAUUCUCAUCGGUCCUACACAGUUCUCUUGUCCAGUCUGUGGCAAGACAUUCAAUAGAUACAAUAACAUGCAGAUGCACAUGUGGGGGCACGGAUCACAGUACAGAAAGGGACCAGAGUCUCUGAGAGGAACACAGCCCACAGCAAUGCUGAGGCUGCCGUGCUACUGCUGUGCAGAGGGAUGCAAGAACAACAUAGAUCAUCCUCGGGCAAAGCCUCUCAAGGACUUCCGCACCCUUCAAACUCACUACAAACGCAAGCAUGGCAUCAAGCCUUUCUCCUGCAGAAAGUGCAACAAAUCUUUUGCUGUGAGGGGGGACUGGCGAACACACGAGAAGAACUGUGGAAAGCUAUGGUUUUGCAUAUGUGGGUCAGACUUUAAGCACAAGAGAUCCCUCAAGGACCACAUCAGAGCCUUCGGCCAUGGCCAUGCUUCAACUCAGCAACCUGAUAAUGCCUCAUUUGAAGAUGAAGAAGACCAGCCCACAGAGGAUGACCUCUCAGCCGCCUCUCUCUGACCACCUCAUGCCACCAUACCACCAAUAAACUAGGUCUAGCGCCGUCUUAGAUAGAUAGAUGCUUUUCUUAUUUCCCAUUUCCCAUUUCCCAUGUUGGUUUUGUUUUGUUUGUAUCAAGUGUAUGUAGAGAGGGGUGCUCAUUAACAAAACACUCUUACGUGUGUUAAUACAAAAGUCUGUACACGGUUAAGAGUGGUUUGCUAAUAAGAAGCACAACAGUGAAGGAGGAUACAACACAGUUGUUAUUUAAAUAGCUAUAUGUAUACAACAUUUAUCUCCAUAGCCUGCAGGCGCUGUGAAGUAGAAGAAUUUCCAGUACCCACAUUGUUUUCUCGUCCUAUAAGACAGUCAUACACGUGCAAGUGUCAUUAGAUGUAUAUGGGCUCUGCGGAAAAGGAGCCCUUUUGUGGUCGACCUAUCUACCAUCCUAAGUAAUGGCAAGGAGACCGACCACUGCUGUCUUAUAUGAAGAGAAAAUAAUGUGUAUUGUUUGUAAGCUGUUACAGUGAUGGGAGUUGAGUUAGAGAGGAGGAAAUUCAGCUACUUCAUAGACUUAAUCAAAAUAGCUAGACCUUAUAGCUGUUCUAUUAUGAAAUAAAUAUUUAUAAAAACAGUUUUCAUGCUGCUUUUUUCCUUUUA